UCGUGCACAAACUUUUGUUUCAGGAAGGUCUUGGGGAAUCACCUCUUAACAGAAGUCAAGAAGGAACAUACAGCUCAAGUCGCCGUAGUAGUCAAGAAGAUAUAAGAUGGCCAAGCAGUGAAACAAGACCUUGGAGUAGUACAGAUUCUGAUAGCUCUGGACGUCCUUUGGGAACUAAGUUAAGCAGCAGUUUUGAAACAGAUACACCUGCCCAAACUGGAAAAAGUUCUUUUGCUGUUCUGGCAAAAAAUGAGAAUGAAAAUAAAGCUUUCUUAUUGCCAACUAAAUCGCCACGUCCUGUCAUAACGAAAGCAAGUAGUUUUGGGGGUAUUUCUGUAUUGUCACGGGAAAAUUCAUGUGGACGAAAUAAUACUCCAAGAAUAACAAAAGCAGAAUCCUUUAAUGUAACAACCAUUUCAAGUAGUCCUGUUCCAACAUACUCUGAUGUUUCAUAUGAACCUCAAGAACAUCUACCAAAAGCUUCACCAAGUCCAACAAAUUUGGUCUCAUCUGCAGUAUCUCAGCCAAAUACACCCUGCCAAUGUCCUCCAACUACUACUGAGCAAACAUUCCCUGUGGUUGCUGGUCAGCCUACUGAAAUUCAAGUUCCUUGCAUCCAGGAUACUGGCCAGCAGGCAACAAGUUGGCAGUCAGGGAAUCAGGAUCAUACGAAAGAUUUCAGUUCUUCAGUUGUUGGUGAAACUUUGAUGUGGCCAUAUUCUGCUGGCACUGAUUUGUUGCUUCCAGGAGGUCUUCUCGUCAAGCCUCAUACAGGUUGUCAGAGAGUAGCAUUUACACCUUACCAGCCUCUUGCAGUGACUGCAGCUGAUCAAGCACCAACUGCUGCUGAUCACACACCAUCAGGAACCUCUCUUUCACCAUCCAGUCAAUCAUCACAGCGUCAACCACCUCAUUCUGCAUUGCCAUCACAAAUGCAGCUGCCUCAGCCAACUGUAAAUACUUCAUCAUCACCUGCAGUGUUUUAUGUACCGUAUGUUUCACAAGUUCAGUCUUCUAUUGCUCAUCAGUCAUCGUUAACCCCUGUACAAAAUGUUAGGCAUCAAGCACAGUCAAGUAAAUUUUUAACUGAACCUAGGCCUGUUGUUCUGUUUCCUGUUUGUUAUGUACAACAUACCUCAAACAUUCAUCCAGUACGCCAUGCAUUUUCUCCAAAUAACCCUCAACAGAAUGUUCAGUGUCCCUCUCAAAGUGCCGGGAUGCAUGGUCAGAAUGUAACUGAUAUGAAAAGCCAUGGGUCUGUUGCUAGUUCUUAUCUUUUAAGUCCUCAAUAUGUGCCCUCUUUUCCUACUGUGGCAUAUACACAAAGUGGAGAAAAUCCUCAUGUAACAACUGGAUCACCUUCACUUUAUUCAUAUAACACUGUUAUUGUGGGGAAUCCUGCAAGUACAUGCCAGACAUCUCAUAAAUCACAGUUUACUAGUCCUCCUUCUCAGCCUUCUGUUUGUGUUCAGCAAUCUGUGAUGCAAAUGCAGACUACACAUGUUACCCUCCCUCCAGUCUAUGUGUCUAUCACUAGCAGCACUCAGUCACCUGCUACUCGAACUCAUGCAGGUGGGCAUGUAGCCGCACAGUUUUCAUCUCUGCGUUCUCAGUCACUUCCAGUGUCAUCAAGCUCCCCUUCAGGUGCACUUAAUCAUCCACUGAACUCCGGGACUCCAUUUUUAGGGUACACAGUAUGUACACCGCCUGUUCAGGGCAUACCACCACAGUCAUCAUUGGCAGCUGUGACUGUCAAUCAAAAUACUCAUGCUGCAGCUCAACCGUCUCAAUUUUCCCCUGCAUAUGUAUCUGCAUUUCAGGUUUUGCAGCCAAAUGUGCCAUUGGUUGCAAAUAUCGGAAGUAGUAGUUCUCAGAGUGUAAUGUGCUCGCAAUUUCCCACUCCUAUAUCUACAGUAAGUAAGGUGCCUCUGAGCUUCCCUUUUGUGAAACAAGCAAGUGAUCCUGGUAUUGGGGAGCAUUUAGCAGUUUCUAAUGCUGUUCCGAAGAUAUUUGAAUGGAUCAGAUUUCGUGGAACUUCCUAUUUAAAUGAUCUUUGUCUGAUCGGUCCUCCCAUGCAGCAGCAUCUUGGGCCAUUGCUGUUGCCACAGCUGCCAUCAAUCGCAAGGUUUCCACGUGCUUCCAUUUCACACCAUUCUCCUGCCAAUCGCCCUCCUAAAACUAGAAAACAACGUUCAAAAGGAAGUAGUUCAAGUUCAACAACUCAUGUAUCUCAAUCUGUCUUUGAAGUGGGAGGAAACCGUGUUUUAGAAGUGGAAGGUUUGCCUGGGGACAUGAGGAAGUAUGAUGUUGAAAGGUAUUUAGAAGAAGUGGCAGAAAAUGGUGCAAAAAUAUAUUUCGUGAAUUCUGAAAGUUUGGAGAUCUUGGAGGAAGGAAGUGAUUUACUUGCUAGUAGUAAAUAUAUAGUACUUGCUGUAUUUGAUAGUGAUACAGCAGCACAAAAUGCUCUCCUGAGCAUAAAAACAUCUAAGUUUCAACUUCGCCGCUGGCAUAGAUCACAAGACUGUGGGAAGAUGAAAAAAAGUUAGUUAUGUAACUUCUGUGUAAAGCAGUUGAGGAGACUAUUUUUUUAUAAAAACAUAAUAAAACAAUAGAUAUUUAUUGUUCUAUGGAAGAGUAUAUAAUUUAUAAGUUUUUGAAAAGAUUUUAAAAUAUGGAAGUUUUAACUGUCACAAAGUCUGUUUUAAAAGAGUUGAAAGAAACUUAUCAUAUUCAUAAAGUCCUAAGCAACAAACACUUUAUCUUUAAAGGUGCAUUUAAAAUUUCAAUGAGUUAUAGUAUUUAAAUCUGCAGAUGUAAAUCUUUUAAGUAGGCUUGAGGACAGUCUUAUCAAAAAGUACUGACUUAAUGUCUCAUGCUAAAAAAUUCCUAUUCAUGCAAAAGUAUUGCUAAUUGUUUGAAACUUCUAUUAUUAUGCAUUUUACGUUAAUGUUGUACAUGUUAAAAUGUAAACCAUUAUCGGAAUUAUAAAAGCAUUCAAAGUCAGUUGUUUUUAGUUUCAAAUGUUUACAUGAAUUACUCUGUUACAUGCUUUAUAUUUGUUGGAAAAAUUUAAAACAUAUAACUUUAUUUAAAAUGAUAUAUUUAUAUAUAUGUAAUGUAUGUAUAUGUAUAGAGAGAUAUUUAUUAUUUAUUUAAUCAUGAAAUAGUAUUUUGUAUUAAAAAAUGAACUGGAUGUGAUAAUUCACUUGAGAAUUUAGAAAUUUUAAGUGUGUUAUGUACAUUUAUUUAUCAGUUAACUAUGUUUAUCAUAGAUAUGUGUUAUAUGGCCAAAGUUAAGUAAUGGAAAUAACACAACUGUUUUUAUUAAAAUGUUAACUAAAUGAGUUUCCAUCUAGUUCACAAAUAGCUUUCUGUGAUUUGUUUUCUUGUCAUUAUACACAUUUUUGUGAAAAUAAAAAUUAUAUGUUACUUUUUUCUAUUUGUAAACUUUUUGUGUGGCAACAUUUUGGUAAUAAUUUUUAUUCAUUGUAGUUAUUGUAACAACUUUUUAUCCAUUCUUCCCACUUUGUUUUUAUAUUUAUUCUCAACUUCUUUGAAAUAAUGUUUUAAGUGAUAAAUAAUUUAUGUACUGUAAAACAUCUGGCUUGGUAUUAAUUUAUAAAUUAUCUAUCGUUAAGAAAGUUUCCCUUUAUUACCUUUGUUUCAUUCUUUCCCUCCCUUGUUUCUCAAUUUCUAAAAUCAGAAAGUUGUUUUUCUUUUAUGAGAAAACUACUUGAACUCUGCUAUCAAACAGCAGUCAUAUAUGAAUUUUAAAUAACUCUUUAUUAUUUUCCAUUCCCUUGUUUAAUGAAUUACAGUUUUUCAUUUAAAUUUAGGCAUGAAAAUACACUUUUUAAUUAGCAACUAUAUGUUGCUGCAUAAUAUAAAUAACUGUCUAGGUAAAAAAUUCAAUAUUUUAAGUAUAGAAAGUUUUGCUGUACAAAUUCUAAAGCAUAGCAAAUAUUAAGUUUUAUACUCACUACUUCCAUUAAGUUUUUUUUUUUUUGUUGUUGUUUGUUUUGUUUUGUUUUUUAAAUCCAAAUACUUCUACUGUGAGUGGUAUACAUAAAUAUUCUCUAAAUUUCAGGAAUAAAAUUGUGUGUUUAAUAUUUUUCAGGGGCUUAUGGGAGAGUUUUUUUUUUUAUUAAUUAAGCCACUGUCAUUGAAAGACAAUGAAAAAGGUGUUGCACUGUGUUUUUCUUAAAUAUAUUAUAGUGAAAUAUUAUAAAAGUUUAUAUUUAUCUAUAAGAAAUUUUAGACCCUGUUCUAGUGUGAGUAUUAUAAAAUAUUUUUAUGCAAAAUUUUUAUUUUCGUUUCAUAUAUAUCAUACUGUUGAACUGUACAUGAUAAAAUGAUAAAGCAAGUAUUUUCUAAUACACAGGUUGGAAAAGCAGAUGAUACAUGUGUGCAUACAGUAACUGUACUUCAACUCAAUGCACUAAUGAUGUCUUAAUACUGAAAAAUUAUUCUCUUCAAAACUAAAUCCAUUAUCCAGUUUAAAAUUUUGAUGCACUGAUGCCCAAUUUUAGUUAACGUCAAAUCAUCGUAGGAAUUUCAAAUAUUCAUUUUUUAGGAAAGUGUUUACAAAAUUUUUACUGUUUUUUUCUUCAGUAUUUAGUGUAAACGAUUGUAACUAAAAGUCUUAAUUUGCUUUCCAUAUUUUCUUAAAAUUUUAUGUCUAAGAAACAGGUUUUAUUGAAUAUUUUGGUGUGUUUGAAUUAUUAUAUCUUGAAUAUGAAUAUCUAUAACAUGGAUUUCAGUAAUAAUAAUAAUAAUUGGGCAAUUUAUUUUAUAUAUAAUUAAUGUGCAGUACAGUUGACCCUUGAACUACAUGAGUUUGAACUGCACAGUUUUCCUUAUAUCCAUAUAUAUAUAUAUUUCUUAGGUAAAUAUAUAUGAAAAUGGUUUUAGAUUUUAAGUAGUUUGAAAAAAAGUUAGCAGAUAAAGUACUUAAUCUGCCAAUAUUUAUGAGAUGUUUAUAGAUUCGGUAGAAACGUUUAAUGUAUUCAUCACGUAUCCCCAUAAAAUAAGUAUUAUCUGUUACAAAAGUGCAAAAUUUACAAGUAUGCCAGUGCUUGUAUACUUCAUGUGCAGCAUUGGCAGUGAGUGAAGUAUGAAGAAAUGAUGAUAAAUCAAAACAUUAACUGUAUUAUAGAGUGUCCUAAAUUGAAGCAAUCCUGCAACCAUCUUCUGUUUACUGGAGGGAACUCGGGUGCUAUGAGCAUCUGCUUAAAAAGUGCCAUCUAACACUGGUCAUCUCUGCCUGAAUAGUCAACUUCGUAAAUUGUGUGAUUUUUCAUACUUCAUCAUUUUUCAUCGUGCUUAGUUUUUUUCCCCCUUCCAGUUUUUGAUUAGUUUUAAAACAGGCUAUUUGUUUAAUCAUUAAAGGGCAAAAAUUUAUACUUGGUUUUGAAUUGUGCCAUAUGAUGGAAUGCCUCUGUAUAUCAAGGGUUUACUGUACUCACUUUAUGAGCUUUGGGUGUUCUUUAUGAAAAUCAGGGAUAUGAAUAUGCACACAAUAUAAAAUUGCAUUUAGAUAGAAGAGGAUCAUUUCUGUGAAAUAUUGGUAUAUGUGAUUCAUUCACAAAUAUCUGCAGACUUUGUGCAGUUGAAUAAUUAGCCAGGUAUUGAGUAUUCUCUCACUUCCAAUUGUUACCCAUUGCACUUGUUUUACUGAUUGAGUACUAAUAACUGUGAAUGAAUGUUUUCAGUAUGGUCAGUACUUCUUCAUUUAAUAGAUGUUGAAGUUGACACUGUUAAAGUUAAAUAAAUGUGUGAAGGAAAAUUUCAUACUCUGUUGCUUGAUGUUUAUUUUCAUGCACCCUGUAGCUGAAUGUACAAAGGUUACUAUUAUUCAAAAUUUAGAGUUUUGUUAUGAAUUUUGCUGAACAGAUUUAUAUUUCUAUGGCUGAAAGUUGUGAAUCAAAUUAUUAUCUCUAACCUGUUCAUUUUGUAAGUUAACAUCUAUAAAUCAUGAAUUUUCAAAAAGUUACAUUAUUUACAUUUUUUAGUAGACAUUUAAUUGUUAUUAUUAAAUAUGUGGUUCCCAUUAUUAUUAUUACUACAUUUUUGAGUAGGUGGUGAAAAAUUGCUGUAUGAUAUUUAGCUUUUGACUGUGAUAUUUUAGACCAGUAACAUACUGAAUAGAAAUAUUUUCUGCACAAGACAGCCAUUAUUAAAAGCCCGUACUGCGCUUCUAAUUUUAUUCUUGUGAACAAUUUAUCUCAAAAUUUUCAGUAUUUCAAUUUUGAUUUUAUCGGAUAAGAAUUUAUGCGAGUGAACACAGAAAAGUAUCUUUUGGCACCAUAACAUAUUGUGUGAUACAUGCAUGAAAAAUAUUUUUAGCACCACCUGUAUUUCCUGGCAUAAAGAAAGUUGCCCUUGUGCUUUUUGAUUCUCUUUCAAUUAUAUGUUACAGUAUGCACUUUUUAAACUCUCAGAAUGUUAAUAUUAAAUAUUUAAUGAUAAAAUGUGAAUAAGAAUUUUUCAUUAUAAUUUUGUAUUAUGCAAAUAUUUUUUUUUAAUACAACUCUUUGAAAAUAUUGAGCCAAUGAACGUUUUGAAAUUUUGUGAUAACAAAGAAAGAAUGUUUAGUAAAAUUUAAAUACUGUCAUGUAUAGUAUUUGAUGCAAAUAUCAAAAAUCAUCAGUGCUAAUGGACAUAUGACACUGUUAAGUUGUCAUGUAACCUGGAAGUAAAAGAAAGACUGUAGAAAAAUAUUGUUAUACAAAACAAAAAUAAAGAUUUUUAUUGUGUAA